UGCGCCGGCGAGCUGAGAGGAAGACGCCGAGCUGCAUUCCCAUCAUUUGGAGCGGAGAGAGGAGCGACGUCGUCAUCAUCCUCAUCACCAUCGUCAUCCCGCCCCGCGAUCAAGCUGCUACGAGCCAGCCCGCCUCAGAAGCGACGCGGCACGUCGACACAAAUUCUUCCUCGCAGUAAUCCGCCUUUAAAAAAAAAAAAGAGAAAAAAAAAAAAAGAAUAACAAACACAAAUAAGCGCCAUCAUGUCAGCCGGAGGAGAUUUGGGGAACCCCCUGCGGAAAUUCAAACUCGUCUUUCUGGGAGAGCAGAGCGUGGGGAAAACGUCUCUCAUCACCAGAUUCAUGUAUGACAGUUUUGACAACACGUACCAGGCCACCAUUGGGAUUGACUUCUUAUCAAAGACCAUGUACCUGGAGGACAGAACAGUUAGGCUGCAGCUGUGGGACACAGCCGGGCAGGAGCGAUUCCGGAGCCUCAUCCCGAGCUACAUACGAGACUCCACCGUGGCUGUGGUGGUCUACGACAUCACAAACGUCAACUCGUUCCAGCAGACGUGCAAGUGGAUUGACGACGUCAGGACCGAAAGAGGAAGUGAUGUCAUCAUCAUGCUAGUGGGCAACAAGACUGACCUGGAGGAGAAGAGGCAAAUUACAAUUGAGGAGGGAGAGCAGAGAGCCAAAGAACUGAAUGUCAUGUUCAUUGAGACCAGCGCCAAGACAGGCUGCAAUGUCAAGCAGCUGUUUCGUCGCGUUGCCGCCGCUCUUCCCGGGAUGGAGAGCCUGGACGAGGCCAAUCCCGAAGGCAUGAUUGACAUCAAGUUGGACAAACCGGCAGAGCCGAGCGUCCCCGAGGGCGGGUGCUCAUGCUAAUGCUGAGCUGCGAUUGGCCGCAGCUCCCUUCACGCCAUAGGCUUGUUAUGUUGCUUAAACGAUUUCUUGGUUAGCCUACAGUUGACUCUUGACUCUAAUUGGAUAUACCCUAGGAUGUGUCUGGUUGGACCAAUCAAACAUUCUCUCUCAAUCAGUUGUUAAUUAAGUUGUAAAAUAUUGUAUACUUUGUCAAUAUGUAAGUGACCGGAGGACAACAAAAAGAGAAAAAAACAAACUAUGCGGAAACGAAAAGGAACACGAAAACGAUAUUGGAGGGGAACUCCAGCGGGAGAUGAGACCAGUUUCUUUUUCGCUGUUAUGUUUUGUAUUUUUUUAUAUAUAAACAGGGAAAGCACCAAAAAUGAUGCCCAAGCAUAAAAGGAGAGUUUUAGGCGAGGGGCUAGAUUGAGGGGUUGUUGGUCAGCCAUUUUCCGCCCUAAUGUGGCUGAGCACGUCUAAAUGUCUGCAGCACGCAUGCACGCUGGUCUGACUUAUUAAUAUUUUUUUUCCAUUUUUUUUUUUUUUUUUAAACUUGGCCCGACUGCUCUCGGAAUGCUUUCGAGCAUCCUUUUUCUCUCUCUUUCUCUCUUAUAGCGUUACCACGUCUCACACAACUUCCUGUAGGCUCACAUAACGGUAGCUGUGAAAACGUGGCACUCUCUAGCUCUCGUUGGACUCGACUUUUAUAGAAAGGAAUUGUACUGUGCAUUUUAAAAAAUAAUAAUAGUAAUAAUAUUAAGACUAAUGUACAAAAAAAACCGAUCUUCUUCUCUCACUCGUCCUCUCCAUCUCUCCUCAUAAUUCCUCAUCCUCCCUCCAGCCCGGAAAACCACAUAUAACAAUCCACGGUAAUGCACUGCACUGUAUAUAAUAAUGUAAGAUGUAUGUUGUGAACGUCCUCUCUGUACAAGUGGUCCUUGUUCCACCAGUAUGAAUAAUGUAAUAAUGUUUCAUGAUUAAUAAAUUGACAGAUUAAAGGGCUUCACUCUCCUAACUCCCAACAUUUACAGACACGCUUUCUUGGGAUGAAAUGCACUUUUAUUCUUCUUCCAUUUUUCAUAGAAAAUAGAGGGGAACCGCCAUAUUCUCUAAGAUUACAGUCAAUGAAAUGUCAGAAAUAAGCAAAACUAUGAAGGAAUGAUUGAAAAGCCCAAUUGUUUUAUUUUAUGUGAUGUGC